ACUAUCGAACUCCUACCAGAAUCCGAAAUGCAUGAUCGGGCUUAAUACUCAACACAUCGCCUUGAGGACGCCAACAUGAAGACGACGCUGGUCUCCCUGCUCUUGCUGUGCGCCGUUGCUGUAGCCAAAGCUGGCGUCCUACUGCAUGUGCCAGCCUGCCCAGAGCAACAUGGUGUCCAGACAUACCCACACCCUGACCUGUGUGACCACUUCUUCAAGUGCACAAAUGGUACUGUGAGCCUGGAGCAGUGUGGAAACGGUCUGCUCUAUGACGGCAAGGGCAGCGUGCAUGAGCACUGCAACUACAACUGGGCAGUGGACUGUGGCACACGGAAGGCCGACCUGACCCCAAUCAGUACACCAGGCUGCCUAUACCAGUUUGGCAUAUACCCUGAGAGCGCCCAGUGCAGCAACAACUAUAUCAAGUGCGCACAUGGCAUUCCACAGCUGACCCCUUGUGAACCGGGCCUUGCAUAUGACGAUAAAAGCCACAGCUGUAAUUGGCCUGACCUGCUGCUCGACUUCUGCAGUCCUGAAGCCAUUGUUGGAUUCAAGUGCCCAGAUAAGGUGCCAGCUCAUUCCAUCUCCGCCAAGUUUCUUCCAUUUCCGCGUUUCCCUGUCCCUGGAGACUGCGGCCGCCUCAUCACCUGUGUCAAUGGUCAUCCCCGACUUAUCUCGUGUGAAGCAGGCAAGGUACUCGACGAGUCUACCCUCACCUGUGAGGACCAUGAGCUUGUGCCCAAAUGUGCAAACUAUGUGAGGAAGUGAGGCUCCACAGGCAGAACCUUCCACACUGAGGUCAGGAAGAGAAACAAGAGUCAUCAGUUCAAACAUGUACAGUUGGUCAUAAAAGUUCAGUAAUGACAGCCUGUGUAUUUGAUUCACACAUUAAAAAUAAAUUGUGAUAUUAUAGGGCCAAAUUACUUGUUUAUAGAUAUAUGAUAAUGAAAUUACUCACAGAAUGCUUUGAUCAAAGAAAGUCAGUGUAGAAUUCCCAAAACUGAUGAAAAUCUUUAUUGAAGAGCAGUGGUAACUCUGUGUGCUGCUGGCCGUUUAGCAUUUGACAUGUUUGCCAGCAGAAUAUUUAUGAGUUUUAUACAUUUUUCAGAAUAAAAAUGAACAUUUUCCUGAACAUCA